AUGACCACAGGUAGCUUUCAUAUGGAGGUGUUGGGUAUAAUCGAAGUUUGGCCGAAUUCCUUCGAAGUGCUCGAUUGCAUACCUGUGUUACUUUAUGGUGUAAUUCCUAUGAUAAAAGCGAUCUGCUUGGUAUAUACUUUACCCAAGCUGCAGAUUAAAAUUCUCCUGACCAAAAUAAAAGACCACUGGAUCGCUCCGAAGUUGGACGAAGAGACUAAAAUUCUUCGGUCUUAUGCGAUCUAUGGAGAAAAUUUCGGCCAUCUGUACACGUAUUUCUAUCUUGGCCAUUCCGUCUUGUUUCUGUCCGUGACACUGCUGAGCAAAUUCUUGUCCGUACAAUCCAGUGAGGAAUCCGACGCACUGAAUGAAGUUCAAGGCGCUCAAAAGGGAAUGCCUUAUCGCGUAAACUACAUUGUCGAUCUAAACACAUAUUAUGUUCCGAUUUUUCUACACACGGCCACGUGCGAAGUAUACUAUCUGCUAUUAAUUGUCUGUCAAGACGUCUUGUACAUGACACUUGUGCAACAUUGCUGCGGUCUGCUCGCAGCUUUGCGGUAA